CAACGUGCUCGAAACCUCGUCCCAAACACUUUGGAAAUUACUCCCUCUUGCAACCGGGUAUUAGAUAUAGACUACCGGGGAACACUCACAGGUAAUACAGUGUGAAAACAGUCACCAGAGAGGUGACUUUUUCUCCGCCAAAAACUCUUUUAUCCGGGACUGAAGCAAACGGAGUUGCCGAACGUGCUCGGAGCUCGUGAAGGACGCUAGCCUCCGUUAGCCGGAGUGUCAACACAACGUGCUCGAGAGCGUGUCAUUCGGUGAGCUUUAACCCGACUGCCGGGACGAGCUACGGAGAGCAGCCCCGGACUCCUGCGCCGCCGUCACGGUUUGACUGGAAGCGGGCUAACUCGAGCUAGCCGUCGCCUCGGCUUUUUGUGAACUGUGGACCAACGCGCCGCUCGACAUGCCACGGAGGAAAAAAGGGAAGCGUGGCUCCAGCAAGCCGGGUACUAGAAAUGGGGUGAAGGGAGAGUCCGGUGCGAGUGAUGAGGAGCUGACGUCUGACAUUCUCAGCCCCGGCAGCAGUGCCAGCGAGUGCACGUCUGUGGUGGAAGAGGGCGUAGGAGGGGAGCCGGUGGAUGAGCAGACGGCCCAGGAGGAAACAUUAGACAAACUGAAGCAGUGCAUAGACAACCUGAUGGAUAAGAGCACCAAGACGCGUCUCGCCGGUCUCGAGUCGUUGCGACUGGCCUUCUCCUCCCAAUUGCUGUACGACUUCCUGACGGAGCGACGCCUCACCAUCAGCGACUGCCUGGAAAGAAGCCUUAAGAAGGGCAGCGCAGAGGAGCAGGCAGCGGCAGCCACAGUCUUCACCCUGCUCUGCAUCCAGCUGGGGGGCGGAGACGAGGCAGAGGAGGGCUUCAAGAUGCUUCGCCCCGUCCUCACCGCUAUUCUCCUCGACAACACUGCCAACGUCGCAGUCCGCCAGAGUUGUGCCAGAGCUUUGGGGAUGUGCUGCUAUGUCUCCACCUCUGAAGAAGGAGAGGACUUGAUCAAGUCCCUGACCCUACUGGAGAGUGUGUUCAUGGCUUCCUACCCCAACAAAGAGGGAACGCUGCCAACAUCCAAACCGGGCAGUCCAGCCCUGCACAACGCCGCCCUGCAGGCCUGGUCGCUGCUGGUCACCCUCUACCCUACGUCAAGACUGGCCGUGCUGCUGGACCUUCACCUCCCCAAACUGCAGGCGUGUCUGCAGAGCUGUGACGUCGACUACAGGAUAGCAGUGGGAGAGACCAUCGCCCUGUUGGUGGAACUCAGACGAGAUAUAGAUGAGGAAUUUGCCGUGGAGGACAGUGAAAGUAUGUGUGACUGUCUGAAGAGUUUAGCCACAGACAGCAACAAGCAUCGAGCCAAGAACGACCGGCGGAAACAGCGCUCCGUCUUCAGGGACGUGCUACAUUACAUCGAGAACGAGGACUUCACCGAUGAGAAGAUCCAGUUUGGAAUCGAGAGCGUUUACAUCGACAGCUGGAUGAGAAGGAGAAUCUAUGAUGCCUUCAAAGAGAUCCUGGAGUCCGGAGUCAGACACCAUCUACAGUUCAACCCACUACUGAGAGACAUCUUUGGCCUCGGCUCUCCCCUCAUACUGGACGCUACGACCAAAGGCAAAAAGAGCUCUCGAUUAGAGAAGCAUCUUUUCAACUCGGCUGCCUUCAAGGCCAGGACUAAACAACGGAGCAAAGUCCGGGACAAAAGGGCUGACGUCAUGUGAGAAGAGGAGGAGGACAAGAAGGAGAAGAAGAAGGAUGAUGAUGGAGUGAAUGGAUGGUAUGCAAGGCACUCCUUGGGCUCGUGUGAGAUGGAUGCAGAAUGAUGUCUUCGACACUUCAGCUGUCAGACACAAAGACUCAACAAACUGAACAGGGUAUUUCACUUGUAGACUAAUUCUCCAGAUGCAAGAUGGCCAACAUUUAUAUUCUUAGCUCCCACUGUCGAACGCAACUUCAUUGUUCCUCCUCGCAGACGUUCGUGUUUGUUUUUUUCAUUCGAAAAAUUCACACAUUUUAGCUUCAAAGUCGAUACUGCAAUUCAAUGCUUAACUUUUUCUUCUUUAAAAAAAAAAAAAGUAUUUAUAUGUGGGAUUAAAACUACAGGUGUAAAAGACAUUUCAUCUCUAGGUAUCAAAAAGUUUAUUUUAUUUUAUCUAAAGAAAUACAGAGCAAGUAAAUUAUUAUGUAAGACUCAAACAUUUUGAGGUAUGAGAAAGCCUCCGUUGUGCUCAUUCCUGAUAGUCAACUUAAACUGCUGCCUGGUGGCUUGAUGGGUCAGUCAAUUCUCUUUUUAAAUUUUUUAUUCUUCUUAUUUACUUUAGUUUCCACAUAAAGUUGCUCUUCGUGGACAUAAUCGGUCCUGGCUAAUACCUGAAGUUUAAUGUUCGAGCAUCAACUUCUUUGACAAAGAAAAGACAAACAGCCACGAUGAAUCUGUCGGCUAAAUAUUCUUCAUUGUCCUCCCAGUGGGGCUACUCUAACUGCCCAACAAGAAACAGACUUUACAAACAACGCACGCUAAAAGACAAUGUGUGUGGUGGUUGUGUGAGUGUUUUUAUUUUAUUUUAUUUCUCGUCAUAAAAAAAAAAAAAGAUCAUAUUUCUAUUGCCAUAUUUUGUUGUUGAGGAAAAAUAUUUUUUACCAUUUCUGGUGGAUAAUUGUAAUAAAACCAGUACUGUGUGAUUUUUAAGAAACUUUAAAAAUGCGAAGAACCAUUUACAAAUACAAUAAUGGGAUACCAAUGAAGAAAAGAAUUUAUAAUGUUUUUAUCAUGUAUAUUUUAAAAUGUGGGUGGGUGGCUCCUACCAUGUGCAUGUAUUGCAGAUGGACUGCGUAGAGAUAUAUGGUAAGAUGUGUACUUGAAUCAUUGGAUACAUUUGACUGAUCCUCUGAUGAGCAGUAAAUGCAUACAAGCCGCUCAUGGUGGUCAGGUGUUUUUGAUUUUAAUAUUUUAAAACAGUUGCCAGGGAAUUUGACAUAGCUUGGUGAAAAACUCAUCAGCUCUCUCAGUUCCUAUUGUUGAAGUGCAGGAUCAGGCCCCACAUGUUACAGCUUUACCAAACUUGACUCAUUGGUUCUGGUGUUACGGCACACGGGCAAAAGAUGGAUCAAAAUAAAUAAAGACUAUUUAAGGAUGUU